GCAGGCUUUAUUAUAAUGUUCUAUCUUCAAAAUAUAUAUGAUAUAAAAUAAUAUAUUACAGAAAAUGAAACACACACACAGUUUCUUUCUUCAGCCGAGGUUGGGUGACGUCACUGAGGAGGUAACGUCACCAGGAAGCGCCGAGGCUGCCAGAGCUGUUUUUAAUGGAGAAUGAAACUUGUGUAGAGGAGCGACCAAAACAAAACUCAGGGCUGAAGACUAAGCAGAAUGGACGACAUUAACUUACACUACAGAUUCCUGAACUGGCGAAGGAGAAUACGAGAGAUCAGGGAGGUGCGAGCGGUCCGUUAUCAGGAACGGUACAAACGCAUACUGGUGGAUGGAGACACGCUGAGCUAUCAGGGGAACUCGGAUGAAGUUGGCUGUUAUGUGGCACCCCGUUCCUUGUCGAAGGGAAACUGCUACUUUGAGGUGACAAUAGUGGACACAGGGGUGAGAGGGACCAUUGCAGUGGGCCUGGUGCCACAGCACUAUAAGCUAGACCAUCAGCCAGGCUGGCUUCCACACUCAAUAGCAUACCACGCGGACGAUGGGAAGCUGUACAAUGGGAGCACCGUGGGUAAGCAGUUCGGUCUCAAGUGCAUCACAGGGGACCGGAUAGGGUGCGGGAUUUACCUGGAGUCGUUCGAGACCGGACUCACCACAGUCUUCUUCACCAAGAACGGGAAAGAGGUUGGCUCCGUGGUGUUCCCCCAAUCCCCCGAUGGUCUGUUCCCCGCGGUCGGGAUGCACUCGCUGGGGGAGGAGGUGCGGCUGGACCUGCACGCGGAGUGGGGGACGGACGAGGACGACAGCGCCAUGAUGGUGGACAGCCACGAGGACGAGUGGGGACGGCUGCACGACGUCAAGGUGUCCGGCACGCUACUGGAAUACGUGGGCAAAGGGAAGAGCAUCCUGGACGUGGGACUGGCACUAGCGCGCCAUCCUCUCAGCACUAGGUGCCACUACUUCGAGGUGGAGAUCAUGGAUGCAGGAGAGAAGUGCUACAUUGCACUGGGACUGGCGAGGAGGGAUUACCCAAAAAACCGACACCCAGGCUGGAGCAGAGGAUCAGUAGCCUACCACGCGGACGAUGGGAAGAUCUUCCACGGCAGUGGGGUGGGGGACCCCUUUGGGCCCCGCUGCUUUGAAGGGGACGUCAUGGGCUGCGGGAUCAUGUUCCCCCGGGACUACAUCCUGGACAGCGAAGAAGACAGUGACGACUGCCUGAACUCCAUGGAGGUGAAGCCGAAGCAGAGGCGAGUGCAGAACGUGCUGUACCUGAACGACGCAGGCGUGGAGGAGCAGGAGGAGGAGGAGGGGGAAGAGGAAGAGGAGGAGGGAGAAGAGAUGGAGCAGGAGCACCACGGCAAGAAAGUCAUGGUGUUUUUCACACGGAAUGGGAAGAUCAUUGGGAAGAGGGAGGCUGUGGUCCCGGCCGGAGGGUUUUACCCCACCAUCGGGAUGAUGAGCAGCGGGGAGAAGGUUGGAGUGGACCUGCAUCCCCUGAGUGGCUGAGCUCGGAUCGGACUCCGUCACUCCCCUCUACGGCAGGCUCAGACUCUCACUCACUCCCCUCUGCAGUAACCCAGCCAGGCUCAGACUCUCACUCACUCCCCUCUGCAGUAACCCAGCCAGGCUCGGACUCUCACUCACUCCCCUCUGCAGUAACCCAGCCAGGCUCAGACUCUCACUCACUCCCCUCUGCAGUAACCCAGCCAGGCUCAGACUCUCACUCGCUCCCCUCUGCAGUAACCCAGCCAGGCUCAGACUCUCACUCGCUCCCCUCUGCAGUAACCCAGCCAGGCUCGGACUCUCACUCACUCCCCUCUGCAGUAACCCAGCCAGGCUCAGACUCUCACUCGCUCCCCUCUACAGCAACCCAGCCAGGCUCCAUGAUAGAAAUGUAGUCAGUAUUUCAGACUGGCUUCAAAGACCCCACUUAGCUCUAACCUAAUGCUACCAUUGGGUUGUCCAGGAUUUUUGCUAACCAGGAAAGCAGUCAUUUCAAUAUGUCAUUCAGACAGACAGACAGCACGAGGCUCCUGGCCAGUCGCUUAGACAGACAUCGCUGGUCCCCUCCACUACCAAUGAGCAAGGCUGUGGCAACACUGGUGCCCUAGCGGCUGACACGUUGUGGACGUUGCUGUCCUUUCACUGGACGCCUCCACAACAGGACUGGGCAGACAUAACAGCGGUGGCCAGCGCAGCUGAGAGAUUGACACUUUCCCCAGGACGAGCCUGGCCAAGCUCUGACCAGUGAACGUGUAAAAGCAACAGGGAUAACCAGCUAAUCGGCUACCCACAUUUUUCACACUCGGCGGCCGGGCGAGGUCUGAACACCUCAGCGCUUGAGCGGAACGACACGCACGAGACUGGGGAAGAGCGACGGAGUCACGCUGCUGUCUGCAAAACCUGUAACUGCGUCUGAGACGAGGCUGGAAAACCGCUGGCGGUCCGCAGAGUAAUCCGUGACAACACCGAGGCGUCGACACCCUCCUCUGUCUCCCUCUCCCCCUCUGCGUUCGUGUCACUGGAUGAAGGACAGGGUUUCAGUUUUAUAGUUCAGUACUGCUAGGUAGGUUUGGUGGAGGGACCUAGAAUGUGGGAUUUAACUCUGUGAAGGGUUUCCAAGCACAAGCAGUCAAGCCUUGUGAAAAACAGACAUGCAGGGUUCACAAAUAGCCAGCAGUGUGCUGCACAGCUGUACAGUUACAAAUUCCAGUGCGUUCUAGGCUUCGGCAUUUCAAGCAAUGCUCCCAUGUGUGAGUGAGUGUAGGGAUUCAAUUCAAACUGCCGACACAAGGAACGAGCCCUAUCAAAAAGCUGAACCCAAAUUCACAUAGACAGUCACAGCGGAGAAUGUAUAAAUGAAUGAGUUCUGGGGUGACUGUGUCCUUUUCCCAAUGGCUCCCUAUAGCUGGAGACCAAUCAAUAUUUAAAAUCUGACUCUCCAUACAUAUAUAUAUAUAAUAAUAUAUAUAUAUAUAUAUAUAUAUAUAUAUAUAUAAAAUCAAUAAUUAUUUUUUUAACCUUGAAAAUAUAUUUUACAAAUAGUCUAAUAAAAUAUACCUACAAAUAUAUAAUAGAGUUAUAUGCAUAUAAAUAUAUAAUGUUAUACUGUAGGAGGGUGGAAAUAGUCUCUUGGCUACUUUGCACUGCUGCAGGUGAAAAAAAAACUAUGGGAAGCUUCAGCUUGCAUUACCACCAUGGGCCCCAGAGGGCGCUGUAAUGCAACGACCAGCAAUGCAUUAACCCAGUGGGGCACAACUCUGCCUCGGAUUCCAUUCCGAUCCAGGUGUUUAUUACAGGCAGGACCUAAAUCAGCUACCUGAAGAGUCAGUUAACUAAUGAAGGACCUGCUUGGGACGGAAACCCUGACCAUAGUUGUGCACGGCUGCAUUGACGGAUUUAAUACGGGCGCCACCCUUUUACAAGCGAAACAAAAAGGGUCUUUCGAUGCAGAAUGGUUUGUGUUUCACAGCGGUUGUGCGAAGAGGCUUUACAGAAACCCUCCUGUAUAUUUAAAAAAAAAAAAAAUAAUCGCUACUCAUUAGAAAUCCAUAACUUCCAGUCCGCACAGAUUAGGGCUGUAAAGACAGUAGAUUUAAACGUUUUACAUGACCUGCACAUUUUCUAUGAAAAAGGGUCGUUUUUAGUUCAGCUUUUGAAUUUCAUUUAAAAUUGUACAAAUGUUCAGUUCCAGCGUUUUGCGCAAAGCAAAAAAACAACGCAGGAUCCUCGUAAAAAACGAAACAUCUUCGGUUAAACGUCGAGUAAAAACACUGCGCUGUUUGUCUGAUUUUUAUUUCAGUCUUUAAAUGUUUUCAACCUUCCAGUCCACAUACAGUAGAUGUUUACAAAGAGGAGACGGAUUCAGCCUUGCUUUCCACACUGCAGCACUUUCCAUCCGUCGUGCCUGGCUGUGCAAACUUUACCUUCUGAUUGAGAGAGUGAAGGGGAGGGUUUUGUAAGGAUGGCCAGGCAUGCAAAUCUCUACAAAUGCCUGUAUAGAUUCCUACCUGUGUGUGUGUGUGUGUGUUAAAGGUAGGAGUCUCAGGCUGGUGAUGCUACAACUGUUAGAAAUGUAAUUAAUGAUGACGCUGUGGCUGCUAAAACGCAUCUGAGAUGUUUUGGGAGGACGGUGGGGCAGUACUGUAAUCAGUUCAACACUUGAAACCCAGCUAAAGUCUGGCAAACUUCCAUCCCCUGCUCUCCUCCUCUCCUCCACGUGGCUGUGCACGGUUCCAAACGGUUUACACAGCAGGAGCUUAAAUAUAUUUUUUGUUCUGUUCCAUCUACAGUAUUGCAAGAUUUGUGUCUGGUUUUAAAGACACCCUCCCCCCCUCCCCACUUCAAACCAGCUCUGCCCUUUUUAAUAGGCAAGUCCAAGAUUACUGCUAAGGCAAGAAGUAAGAGAGAUGCCAGCAUUAUGAAGCUAAAUAAUUUUCUUCUGAAUGCCAGUUUUCAUUAGGCUUGUUCAUGUUGGAGUGUUCGUCCAGUCCAGGUUCUCUUAUGGCCAUCAGAAGCCACGUUGGAACCUCUCCGGUCUCCUGGGUCCCAGGCUGAGGUAGUGUAGAAAUAUCUGUAAGAAGUAGACUUGUCCUGUUUUAAUGAAUAAAGGAGUUUUCUUUUUUAAAAUUGUAGAAUUUAAAAAUAAUUCAGGACUGAAAGGGUUCUUAAACAGUGAUUUGAAUAUCCUUUUGUUUUGAAUGAGCUGGACAGCAUGUAAUUUGCACCAUGUUACAUUAAGAAAAAAAUAAUCAUCUCUGUUGUUAAAGAAAGGAUAGAUGAACGCUCACCUCUACAGGGGAAUGUGUGUUCUGGAUUUCAGACCUCAAUGCAUCACUUUCCUUUGCAGGAUAAUUUUUUGAUAUUGAUAUAUGAUAUGUUGCAGUGGAGGCUUGUUCCCAUUCAAGUAUGAAAUGUAACCAUUACCGUAUCUCAUAAAGACCCCUAAACCUGAACUAUACCAAAGCUGCUUGCAGAGCCUGUGAUGCAGUCAUGGCCCGCCCCCCGAGGACAUAAAACUGCGACGCUCGCAGAUCCAGCAUCAUUUUUCCUUCAAACCUGCUGCAAAGUCAGGUUACAGGUUCCAUUUCUAUUCCAGGGAACCAGGGUUAUGAUGAUAACCUAACAUUUUCGCAAUAUGCCCGUGUCUUAGUCCUGGGUUUUUCUUAUUGACCCCAAGCAACAGAUAUUCGGUCCUGUCCAGCCCUCAUUAUGAAAGAAUCUGUAUGUUUGCACACUUCUGGAAAUCAGUGGCUAAAGUUUAACAUGCAGGUUGAAAAUAUUUUACUCCUGCUUCGUUUUUCAGGGUUUUGUUUUGAGCUUUACAUUUACACCAAGAAAAAACAAUGAUUUGAAAUAAUUUGCUUUAUGAUCUGACAGCCACACCCCACUACACAAAGUAGUCCUGACGGGUAACAGGAGCUGAGAUAAGAACAGAAGAGGUUAAUAGAUCUGUGGGUUUAUUAUUCAUAAAUGUUUGUUUAGAGAAUAACCUAAAUAUACAACUUUGGCCAAAACUUGGUCCCAUCCAAAAGCUUUCUUUUAAAUAAAUCAAAAAAAGGCAGAGAGCAAAGUUGAUCAAAUGAAUCUGCGUCUGCCGGCCGGAAUCAUCUGCAUCAGCUUCUGGAACCCAAAAACACCCAAACUCUCUGGUAUUUAUGAAAUUGCAACAGGCACUGUCCUAUAUAAAAAUGUAUGUACAUAAGAGAUGUUUAUACAUGUUAAUAAAAGAUGGCUAUUUACACAUUAA